AUUUACGCGACAGCGGAGUCACGCACAGUGACAGUUUCCUGUAGUUCAGAGGACUCGCAGCUUUUUAAGUAAAGCUACUUAAACUCAGAUAAACAUGUCUACUGCCAUGAAUUUUGGCUCGAAGUCUUUUAAACCUCGGGCUCCGGAUAAAGGAUCUUUCCCUCUGGAUCAUUUCGGAGAGUGUAAAGACUUUAAGGACAAGUUCAUGAAAUGUCUGAGAGACAGCAGCUACGACAACUCCCAGUGUCGACUGCAGUCCAAAGAUUACCUGGAGUGCCGGAUGGAGCAUCAGCUGAUGGCCAAGGAGCCUCUGGAGAAACUGGGAUUCAAGGAUCUGAUGGAUCCUCCUCCCAGCCAAGCGGACAGUAACACUAAACCGUGACUUUACACCAAAGCUGCUGUUUCAGAAAUACAAGGAUGGUGUUUCUCUGAACUUGAAAGAUUCAACAAUUAGCUGGGGAUAGGAUGAGGCAAAGACUGCUGUGAGUGUGAAGCUGAGGAGGACACUGGUUUGACUUGCCGCCUUAGUUUGAGGUCACAGAGAACAAUGUAAUUUUCUCAAUCACUUGUGUACAUAAGAUUAUUAUGCAUAAUAUAUAGAGAUGUUGUUUUGUGGUGUGUCAAUAAAUUCUUUGUAUUUAAACUAAACUUUGUGUUGAUCGACCUAGAUUCUUUUAUUCUUCUCAGCUGCUGGAGGCUCAACAGUUUGAGCUCUGUGUCAAAAAUGGUUCGUUGUUUCAAAGCAUAUGAUACAGUUAAUACGGUGGCAGCUGCUGUUGGCAUUGCAUUUGUAUGGUCCCAUAUAAUAGGGAUUCAAAUAUUGUCCAUUUACUGUAUACUGUAUUUUAUUUGAAGUUCAAAACCUGGAAUUCCUAACAACGCACUGGGGGGGGGAAUCUGCUAUCUAGACUCAGAUUGAUACUAGAGCCUUUAGACAAGUAUUUUUCUUAUUAAUAAGUCUAUAAGAGGAAAAUAUAUUCAUUCCCUUUUCAGUAUAUACCAAGAAAUACAAGCAGAAAUCACAAAAGGCAGAUAGGAUAUAAAUAUGUAAAUAUGUAACCCCCAUUAAACAUUAAAGAAAGAAAACAAAAACUUCAAUAUAAAAGCGACAUGUUGUAGUUUUACAGGGGGUUGUGUGCCAGACUAUUUCUUUACUGGGCACAGUUCCUGCAGUCUUUUCAUCACUGUAAGGUUACCAGGCAACCAGUGCAGACACUUUGGUUUUUGUAUGGAUUAAACGAACGAGACAUAACAUAAUGAUUAGUGAGCUGUGUGCAGCGGUGAUCCUAGACUCUGGGGAAACUGCAGUGUCUUUAUGGGAGGUUUAAGGGGGUUUAUAAUGUAGAAAUCAGCAAAUGUUGUUGUGACUGGUUCCUCCCAAAACGAUCGUGUGAAUCAUAAAAAAAAAAUCAAUGAAUCACACUUAAAUGUUUUUUUUUUUUUUUAAGUUAAAACAAUGACAUUUAUUGUCAAGUCGCAAGUUGAACGGCACAUUAAGCCAGCAAUACAAAAUGAGGCACACGUACACACACCACGUCAUGCAGAUUGCAUCAGUCCACCACAGAGGCAACGAUUAAACACAACUGUUGCUCCCUAAACUAAAACCACAAACAUCUGGAUCAGAAGUUCACAGUGUGACAUAUAUAUAUAUAUAUAUAUAUAUAUAUA